GGUAGCAUCUUGACUCGUUUGGCUAGUAUGAUAGGUAGACCUCUGUGGUUUGAUCAAUCGACUAGGCUGGGUAGAAGAAUGGGGUUUCCAAAGGUCUGUGUUGAAAUGUCUAUUGAUUCAUCGUUCCCAGAGACUUUGAAGCUGGUGCCAGAUCACAAACCGACAUUCGAGGUGCACUUGGAAUACUGCAACAGACCAAUUGGUUGCCAGAAGUGUCGGGUAUUUGGGCAUCAGUGUGAAAAUGUUGGGGAUGUGAGGGAAGGGGAUCAGGGUAGUCAAAAGAAAGCUGAGACUGAAGGUGUGGAGGCUACUACUGGAAAUGCAGGUCAAUUGAUUCUGGAUUCUAUCCUGGCUUCGAAGGGCAAGGCUCAAGAGUCUGCUGAAGCAGCUUGUCGAAACUUGAAUCUGGUUGUGGCAAACUUGGUCAAGUCUAUUGAGCAGGGGGUUCUAACUGAAUGGCAAAGGUCAGGAUCUGUGGAGUUGCCAACUGAGAGUGAGCUUCAGACAGUUAUGAUAGGACAAAGCUCUCCUUCUGCAUGGGAAAGUUCUAUCACACAUGUAGCAAAUAGGUAUCAGAGUUUAGCUGUGGAUUCUUUUGAAGUUGGGAAUAUUGUAGUAAGUAGCCCGGUUCUCCAAAAUCUGGAUGAAUUUCCUGUAUUGGAGGGAGGUGGAAAGGGGAAAGGGAAGCAAGGUAAGAAGGAGCCAGGCAGGCCUGCCAAACCCUAAAAAAAAAGGUGCUAGCUUGG